AUGGCACCCUUCGACCUCGAUGCGUGCAUCGACCGCCUGCGUGACAAGCAGCUGCUCGGCGAGGCGCUGCUGCGCGAGAUCUGCGAAAAGACAAAAGAGGUGCUCAUGCGCGAGAGUAAUGUCGUGCACGUGAGCUCACCAGUUACGGUCGUGGGCGACAUCCACGGCCAGUUCCACGACCUCAUUGAGAUCUUCCGUAUCGGCGGACCUGCGCCCAAUACAAACUACCUCUUCCUUGGCGACUAUGUUGACCGCGGGUUGCAUUCGGUCGAGACGAUCUCGCUACUCACAUGCCUCAAGUUGCGGUAUCCAGAACGUAUCCAGCUCAUCCGAGGGAAUCACGAGAGCCGCGCAGUCACACAGACAUAUGGCUUCUAUCUCGAGUGUACCCGCAAGUACGGAUCGCCAACGGUGUGGCAGUAUUUCACCGACAUGUUCGACUUCCUCACGCUGUCGGUCGUGAUUGACGACGCCAUCUUCUGCGUGCACGGCGGCUUGAGUCCCAGUAUCCACCACAUCGACCAGAUCAAGGUCAUCGACCGCUUCCGUGAGAUUCCGCACGAGGGGCCCAUGGCCGACCUGGUGUGGUCUGAUCCUGACCCAGGGAAGGAAGACUUUGCCAUCUCGCCAAGAGGAGCCGGGUACACGUUCGGUAGUUCGAUCGUCAAAAAGUUCCUCACCCUCAACGGGAUGAACCACGUGCUGCGCGCACAUCAGCUCUGCAUGGAGGGCUACUCUGUUCAGUUUGACGACCAGCUGAGUACGGUGUGGAGCGCGCCAAACUAUUGCUACCGAUGUGGGAACAUGGCGAGUAUCUUAGAGGUGUCGCCAGGAGGGCAGCGAUUCUUCAACGUGUUUGACGCGGCACCCGAGAACGAGCGCGAUGGACCAGCACAGCAGCAACAGCAGGCAAGAGCGAUAGAGUAUUUCUUAUAG